GCGUGUGCCAAGGAGGAGCAGAAGACUUUUUUAUUUUCAUUUAAGGAACACCAAAGAAUUUUUUUUUUUUUUUUUGCGUGGAUUCUUACCAUUUUUUUGUCUGAAGGACGUACCGGCUGUGUCAGCCUCUUUGACUUCACCAAAAGCUCCUCGGCACCUGUUCUUCUCUUAAAGUGGACUUAAGUGGAGGUGAGGGUCUCUUUCAAGCUUUCCUUUGAGGGUUACCAUGAGCUCAUGUUCAGCAUUUGUUAGUACGAGAAACUAGAAGAGUUUGGACUAGAGAGUGGACUUCAGAAGGGGAACAUCUUCCUUCCAGUCUAUCUUGUGUAGAAAACCAACAUAAGCAGCCCAAACUAGGGUACGAAGUGGAGACACAAAAGAAGAACGUCUUCCUCCGGGUUUGACUUGUGGAGGAUCUGGACCAGAGAAGCUUGGAUUGGAGAGAGACAUUUAGGAGGUAAACAUCUCCCACUGGGUCCUUUUAUGAAGGCGAAAGAUCAAGAGAAGAGGUGACCAUCCCCUGCAAGAAAGGUUCUCUCGGGAAGGAUCCAGACAAGGGAGGAGAGGUGGUCGUCCUCAGGAGGAGAUUCCCAGAAGAAUCAAGACCGGGGAAAAGAAGGAAGUAAACAUCUUGUGUCUGAAGGGUGCGGACUAGUUAAGGGAGAAGUCUCCAGAAAGAAGCAGCCAAAGCAAGAUGGUGACCUCACCACACCAAAGAGGCAGCCCGCACAGGGGUGUCCUCCAGCUCCUGCCCAGGAACCUGGUCCUGUUUCUGGUCCUGCUCCUGCCGCUGGCCCAGCAGGCCCAGACGGCGCUGCACUCCAGCUUCCGGCGUCUAAGCGGCCGCGAGAAGAAAGAGAUGCAGAAAGAGAUCUUGUCCAUCCUGGGCCUGCCGGGCCGGCCCAGGCCUCAUCCGCCGCUCAGGCCGCCCUCGUCGGCGCCGCUCUUUAUGCUGGACCUCUACCACGCCAUGGCGGUGGAAGGCGAGGACGACCCGGCUUCGGCCAACGACGUCAUCAGGCCCGGCGCCGUCCGGCCGAGGGGGGCCGGCGGGGAGCGGAGGGCGGCCGUCCAUCGCCCGCUCCCCACCCUCAGCACGCACACGCCGCUGCUCGGCACCGUCGUCAGCGAGGCCGACACCGUUAUGAGCUUCGUCAAUUUGGUGGAGCAGGAGAGGGACCUGCUGCAGCCUCGUCCCUACUGGAAGGAGUUCCGCUUCGACCUGACGCCUCUGCCCCAGGGUGAGACGGUGACGGCGGCGGAGUUUCGUAUCUACAAGGCGUUGACGCUGGGCCAGCGGGCCAACAGGACCCUGCACAUCUCUGUGUAUGAGAUCCAGAAGGACAAUAAACACAGGGAGCCCGAGCUGGUGCUGCUGGAUAUGCAGUCGGUGCCGGCGGGUCAAGAAGGGUGGCUGGCCUUCGAUGUCACUUCGGCGUCCAACCACUGGCUCCUGCAUCCCCGCAGCAACCUGGGCAUUCGGCUCUACGUGGAGACCGAGGAGGAUCGCUCGCUGUCGGCCGCCUGGAUUGGGCUGGUGGGCCGCAGGGGUCCUCGCUCCAAGCAGCCCUUCAUGGUGACCUUCUUUCGGGAGAGCCAGGUUCCGUGCCGGCCCCCCCGCGCCGUAAAGACGCACCCCCGCAGGAAGAAGCCCAAAUACGACCUCCCCGUGCCCAGCAUCCACAAUCGAAGUCCUGUCAACAACGGCGGUCAGCCGUGUAAAAAACACGAACUCUACGUCAGCUUCAGCGACCUCGGAUGGAAGGACUGGGUUCUGGCCCCCACAGGCUACUCGGCGUACUACUGCGAUGGCGAGUGUUUCUACCCCCUUGGCGCUUGCAUGAACGCCACCAACCACGCCCUCAUCCAGCAAGUAGUUCAUCUGCUGAAACCUGACGAGGUGCCCAAGGCGUGCUGCGCGCCCACCAAGCUAAGCGCCAUCUCAGUGCUCUUUUACGACGACAACAACAACGUGAUCCUCAAGAAGCAUCGUAACAUGGUGGUCAAAACCUGUGGUUGUCUAUGAGAGGCACGGCGACACAAGUUGUUGAAACAGCAAACAAAAAUAGGGGAGGGGGAGUGGACUUUGAUUUUUAUUACAAGAUACACAAACGCACACGUUAGCUUUUUGGGUCACAACUUUCUAAAUAGGCCUUUGAAAACACAAAAUACAAUGUUGUACAUGUAAAGUUGAGCUUUCCGCCACAACCGUCAGGCAUGAAAAUAAUUUGUGCUUAUCGUUGUGGUUCAGAGGAAGAGUUAGCGGUGAACAUUUUCUGUAAAUUAUUGCCACGCGUGGAUUAAAAAAGGCCUGCGUACUGUUGCUAAGCGCCCGAUAUUUAGUGGUUCAUUCUUAACUUUCCAUUGUAGCUUGUGUCACUCAGGAACUCGUAAGGGUCAAAUUAAAUGAAAAAA